UCUGCUCUGCUGUGCCGAUCGAUAGAGCCAUGGCAGUCAUUCAUGAUAUGGUAUUUGGCCUCACCAAAGGCCACAAAGUUACCAAGUUUACCCAGAAGCCUAAACAUGCAAGACGAAGAGGAACCCUGUCCAAGAAAACCAAGUUUGUACGUGAUCUUGUGAGAGAAGUCUGUGGUUUUGCUCCUUACGAAAGAAGAUGCAUGGAAUUGCUGAGAAUUGGUAAAGACAAAAGAGCGCUGAGAUUUUGUAAAAAGAGGCUUGGCUCUCAUGUCCGUGCAAAAAGAAAGCGUGAAGAAAUGCAAGCAGCAAUCCAAGCCCAAAGAAAGGCAGCUGCAGCAUCUGCUCAAAAAUAAACCUGGUUAAAUUAAACAUGGAACAUACAAAA